UUCGUCUGCUUUUGUGUGUUUACAGAGGAAGAUGAGGAUGAUGAUGAGGAAGAGGAGGAAGAUGAAGAAGAGGAGGAAGAGGAGGAAGAAGAAAUUGAUGUGGUAACAGUCGAGAAACGACGAUCAUCAUCCAACAAGCAUGUGACGACCCUGACAGUGACUGUGCGCUCUCACACCGCGAGCUGCGGGUCAUCGAAGAACCACAGCACCUCUCUGAUGAAAAGGUGUGCACCUAUACACCAGCAGCACAACUAUGCUGCCCCCUCGCCCUACACAGAAUGCGAUGAGGUGCCACCUCUGAAGAAGGUGAAGAGUGAAACUGUGCGCCUCGCCAAGCAGGUGGCGCCCCCUCGAUCCAAAAGCGUGAGUCCCCGUGGAUCCGACUCCGAAGACAACGAGCGGCGACGCACUCACAACAUCUUGGAGCGUCAGCGGCGCAAUGACCUCCGCUCCAGCUUCCUCACCUUACGGGACCAAAUACCAGAACUUGUGAAAAACGACAAGGCGGCAAAAGUCAUCAUUCUGAAAAAGGCCACUGAAUAUGUGCAGGCUCUGCAGUCGGAGGAGCAGAAAAUGUUGUCGGAAAAAGAGAAACUGAAAGCCAAGCAACAACUGCUAGUUAAGAGACUGGAGGAAGUGAGGACUCGCUAGGCUAAGGCUACCCCAACUGGUUGAAUGCCACUUUUGCACAUUUUAGACGUCAAGAAUGUUUCAGAGUUUUUUUCUGGUUAUCAGUCCAGCCGCAUUUAAACAUGGACAAAAUACUUCAGAAGCCUUAGAGGUACCUGUGUCUGUCAAUGGAGAUCCAUUUUGAGAAGGCUUAUUGAUUGUCUCUUCGAAAACCUAUGUAAAUACCAGUUUUAACAACUGCCUUUUUCAUGU